GACGAAGCCUCGCGAGGGUUGGUUUUGAGCGCGGACUCCAAGUGCCGCGGGUCGGUGGCUGGGUCCUGUAGCAUCUGUCACUCAUGGCGGCGGAGCCUUCACAGCAGCGGCCCGUGGCGGCCCGGGCCCGGAACCUGCCCUGGGUGGAAAAGUACCGGCCACAGACCCUGGCCGAUCUCAUUUCUCACCGGGACAUUCUGAGUACCAUUCAGAAGUUCAUCAGUGAAGACCGCCUGCCACACCUGCUUCUCUACGGCCCUCCAGGGACAGGAAAGACAUCCACCAUCCUGGCCUGUGCCAAGCAGCUAUACAAAGAUAAAGAAUUUGGCUCCAUGGUCUUGGAGCUGAAUGCUUCUGACGACCGAGGAAUCGAUAUCGUUCGGGGGCCAAUCCUUAGCUUUGCCAGCACAAGAACCAUCUUCAAGAAAGGGUUUAAGCUUGUGAUCCUGGACGAGGCUGAUGCCAUGACUCAAGAUGCCCAGAAUGCCUUGAGGCGAGUGAUUGAGAAGUUCACAGAAAACACCAGGUUUUGCCUCAUCUGUAACUAUCUGUCCAAGAUCAUCCCUGCCUUGCAGUCACGGUGCACGAGGUUCCGAUUUGGCCCCCUGACACCUGAACUCAUGGUUCCUCGCCUGGAACACGUAGUAGAAGAAGAGAACGUUGAUAUAAGUGAAGAUGGAAUGAAGGCCCUCGUCACUCUGUCCAGUGGGGACAUGCGAAGAGCUCUGAACAUUCUGCAGAGUACCAAUAUGGCCUUUGGGAAGGUGACAGAGGAGACUGUCUACACCUGCACUGGGCAUCCACUCAAGACAGACAUUGCCAACAUCCUGGACUGGAUGCUGAAUCAAGACUUCACCACCGCCUACAAAAAUAUCAUGGAGCUGAAAACUCUGAAGGGCUUGGCGCUGCAUGACAUCCUGACCGAGGUUCACUUGUUUGUGCACAGAGUUGACUUUCCAUCUUCAGUUCGGAUACAUUUAUUGACCAAAAUGGCCGACAUUGAGUACAGACUUUCUGUUGGCACCAAUGAGAAGAUACAGCUGAGCUCCCUCAUUGCUGCUUUUCAAGUCACCAGAGACCUGAUAGUCACAGAGGCCUAGCUACUCCAAGGCCUGCUUGCUGGCCCUGCCUCAGGCCCUUCAGUGACUGGAGGACAAAGGAUGUGCUGACGUGGACCACUGAAUAAAACCAAUCACAGAAGUCUCUCCAGGGAUUUAGGCAGCGCUCUGGCUGCUUGGAGCAAGGAUUUACAGAGCAACUUUAAUUCGUAACUAUCCACACUGCUGACCUUUUAUAGGGGAGAAUAAAUCCCCCACCUCUUGGGGAAGGCUGCUUUAAAGUCAAAAUUGGCCUUACCUCAGUUCUACAGUGUAAUGUUCAAAUUGAAUAUGCUUUAAUGUUUUCCAGUUCAAGGUCAACAUCUCCAGACCUAAACUUCUGAACCUGCCCUUUCUUACUUUCUGUCUCUACUUUAAAUGGGUGCUAGUAGGUUUCCAAUCAAAUAUUCUGUUACAAACUUUCAAAAUCGGUCUUUGCCCAAAGUGACAACAUGCCUGUAACCUUAGGCCUCAGGAAGCCUAUGCAGAAUUACUAGCCAGUUGCAGGCCAGCCUAGUGAGGUGAGAUAGACCCUUCUUAGAAAGCAAGCACUGGUCUCUCUCUCUUGGAGGGUUACCAGAAGGUUCCAAAUUCUAUUGUGACAACAGAAAACACACUAUAAUAAUGCAGUUGGCCUUCAGACUGGGCCUUUGUGGCCAGUGGCUGUAUAAACCUUACUUGUUGGGGAGCGAUGGGACCUUGCAAAUGUUCCUGUCCGAGUUGCUGGUCUAUUUAUACCACGUCCUUCAUGGUAAGAAUAAAGUGUUUGCUUAGGGUUCUAA